AUGAAUAAAUUAAGAUUAUUAUAAGAAAAAGAAGUGCAAUCUCUUUCAACUUUAUAACCGUUUGUACCUUUCAUUAAAGAAAGAGAUUCUUUAGGUAAACUACAAACUAUUCACAAACGAAAUGAUUCAGAUAAAUAAGUAAUUAAAAGGAAAUCUAAUAAAAAUGUAAGAAAUAUAUUAAUUAAAACAAAAGAACAUUAUAAUUAGUAAAAGCGUACAUACUAAAUCAAAACUUAAUUUUUUAAAAGAUGUAUACACAAUUAAUCAUAAUUCUGUAUGGGCUAAUUUAACUAAUGUUUCUAGAUUAGAAAAAAAAUUCAACUUGAAUAUUCAGACUGAAUUUGUUGAACAGAAACCUCUUCAAUUAUUAAACUAAAAAUUAUAAUUAAAUGAUGGUUUUGUUUAACAUAGAGCUAACACUUAAUUAAAUAAUUCUCCAAAAUUAGGAAAAAAUCUAAGUAUGAAUACUAUUCCUCCUAUUGGGUAUUAUUAACCAAAAGAUAUUUAAAUUAAAAAAUAACCUAUGUUUGUUAAAAUGAGUCUGUAAUAAGAAACAAGCAGAUUAAUUAAAAUAGUAAAAACAGAAUGUUCGUAGACAACUAAAAUUCCUAAAUUGGAAUUCUUAAAUAUAAAUUUAUAAAAAAAAAAAGUUCCAUAAGAGUUGUUUGAUAAAGCCUAUUUAACAGAGAGAAUGUCAACAGAAUAUCGGUUUAGAUACACACCUUUGCAUUUUGAUAAUAAAGAAAUAGAGCUAUAAUAGUCUAAGAUAAAAUAAUUAAGAUAAUUUUAUCAAUUAAUGAAAAAUAAUAUUUCUUGA